GUGCGCGUAAUUGAUGAUUUCUCGGCGAGCUUGAUUAAUGAGUGUACCGCGCCGACGGAGCGCAUCCGGAUGGAGACUCUCGAUGUGCUCGUCAGCUUGGCGCGGGCUCUGCGGGGCCGGGGGCCCUUGAUGCUCCGCAAGGAGGAUUUCGCGCGGGCAUUCAAGACCCUGCCGCUGGCACUGUCUGCCCUGUGCAUGGCGGUGGCCGUCUGGGGGGAGGCGGCACAGGAGGGCUGGGCACUGCAGCUGUGGCGCUGCCCGUUCGGUGCGGUGGCGAGCGCGUAUGCGAUCCUGGGCCGGCUUUUCUUCGCCCCAACCGGGAGAUUCGCGGACGACUUGUUCGGAAUCGACCCGGAGGGGGGCUGGGCGGAGGGGCCCUUAGCGGGGGCCGCUGGAGCAUCUCGGGCGACGCGCUUCGUAAUCGAGACUUUGUUGGGCUGGAAACAGGACGAGGAGAAGCGCGUGUCGUCGGCCGAGUCGGCCGAGGUCCUGGGCGCAACGGUCACGGUCAUCAAUAAGCCG